AUGGAACCUAUAGUUAAUGUUCCUGAACCACCUUCUAACAUCCCUUCUGAUGUAUCAGAUGAGAACGACAUUGUAACUAUAAAACUGAAGAUAAAAUUAUUUCUUUUUAAUCACUGGCGUGGGUUGUUUUGUUUCCUGGUGCCUUUGAUUUUGAUACCAGUUCACUUCACGAUUCCCACAGAAAAAUAUCAAUGGUGUGCGUACACUUUGGUGCUGAUGGCGUUAUUCUGGGUAACAGAAUGUAUUCCCCUGCCAGUUACCUCUAUAAUGCCUAUAGUAAUAUUUCCAAUGAGUGGAAUUAUGAAUACAACAAUGACUUGCAAAUGUUAUAUUAACGAUACCAUAAUAAUGUUUUUGGGAAGCAUGUUUCUAGCCUAUGCCGUGGAACAAUCCGGGCUACACAAACGACUCGCGCUCUGUGCUGUACGAACUAUAGGAUAUUCUCAUUACAAAUUACUCUUCGCGAUGUCUUUCAUCACAAUGUUCAUAUCGAUGUGGAUCACAAACACAGCGGCGGCUACCAUGAUGGUUCCUAUUAAUUUCGCUCUUCUACAAGUUUUUGAGAAAGAAAAUAUACUUAAAAUCUAUGAAAUUGGUCCAGAUGGAGACAACAUAGCAUCAGAUAUAACAACGUGUUACUUUUGUGCUUCCACUUUUUCUGCUACUAUUGGUGGAAUUGGCACAUUAGUUGGGACAGCAACCAAUUUAGUAUUUAAAGGCCUUUUCAAUAAGAUGUAUCCAGAUGCACCUGAAUAUUUAUCUUUCCCCAAAUUUUCAGCAUUUGCAAUUCCAUUGAUGUUAAUAUUAGAGAUUUUAAUGUAUUUAAACAUGCUGAUUAUUUAUUUUGGAUUUCUAAGGCCCAACAGUGCUGCGUUUAGGAGUUCAAAAAUUACACCAGAGGGCGUGGAAGCUGCCAAAAAAUCUGUCGAUGAAGAAUGGAAGAAAUUGGGACGAAUCACUUUUUGGGAAAUUAUAGUUAUUAUUUUAUUUAGUCUUGCCAUUUUACUUUUCUUUAGUCGUUCUCCUGAAAUUUUUCUUGGCUGGGGAGACCAGAUUGUACAAAUUUUUCACUUAGCGGACCGGAAAUUUGCGUUGGAUUCAUCUGCAGUCACACUCGUCUGUUUCUUAAUGCUUGUGGUGCCAUCUACAACACAAUUCAUCGAAUAUUUUAAGACUAAAGAUACUACGAAUCAGCCAUCGGGAUCAAUACCAUCUGUACUUAAUUGGCAUUUAAUGGAUGAAAUAAUGCCUUACAGUUUCAUGUUCCUCUUGGGAGGAGGUUUUGCCCUUUCCGAAGCUGCGAAAAAAGAAUAUUCGGAUUUGAAUGGGAAAAUAGGACAACUUUUAAAAAACUUGAGCUCGUUACCGAAUUUUCUUAUAAUAUUCUUAAUAAUAAUAUUCACAACUUUUGUAACAAACUUUGCCUCAAAUGUCGCAGUGUGCAAUGUUAUAACACCUAUAGCCAUGCAAUUGGCUAAAGAAAUAAACGUAAAUCCACUUUGGUACAACAUAGCAGUCGGAUUUACAUCUUCGUUCUGUUUCAUGCUACCUGUCGGAACGCCGGGAAAUCUUGUGGUACAGAGUGCCGCCAAUAUACCUACUGUUAAAAUGAUCAAAGCUGGCCUUGCACCAUCUCUGGCAACGGUUAUUGUGACUUGGAUUUUUGUCUGCUUCUGGGCACCGCUAAUCUGGCCUGAUUUACAUAUGUUGCCCCCAUGGUUGUGAAGUAAUAAAAACUUUAUUUUUUUUUUAAAUAAGAUGUUUUUUGUAAAAACCAUUACAUUACAACAGCUCCUAUGACAAUGACAAAAAAUUCAUUAUACCGACUCGUCAUUUUCACACUAUGAAUUUUGAAGAUGUGAACAAGAAAAUAUAAUGAGAUUGAAUGUGAAUGGCUAAAAGUAAAAAGUAAAGGAAAAUCAUAGACAAUAUGGAUUGAUUGUGGGAAAGAGGAUAUGGUUAAGGGAAUGAAUUUAUGUGAUUACUGCUAGAGAUGUAUGGAAGAGUACAGUACAUACUGACGACCCUUCGUAGGGCCAAGGUUAAAGAUAUCUAUUAAAAAGACUUCCUUUCUUAAAUUUUCUAACGAUUGUUGCUCAAAUUACAGUUUUUGCUUAGCUUCCUCUAAAACGUCUAUUCUAUCCCUAACUACGGAAUCCCCAUCACCGCUGUCUUCAAUCUUAAAAAUAGCGAAAACCAAAUAGACAACAACGACAGUCCUCGU